GUUGUACUGGAGGGGAUGUGGUAAGUCAACCCAGGAAAAAAAAGAAUCAUGUGACAGUCACGUGACUCUGGAGACGGGCCCAGGCAGAGUGGCACAAGGGAACGCCUAGACGGGAUCCCCGACGUUGAUUGGAGGCAAGGACGGUGACGGAAUGACGUUACCGGGAGAAGGGACCCUCCUGCCGAUGGACAGUUGAUGCAAGGAGUUCAAAAUUAUUUCAGGCACAUAAUUCCGACUUCGACAGAGCAAGCAGUACCGUCCAGCGAUGAUGUACUGAAUUGGAUCAUGCCCCGGAUAUUCUUCAUCUGGAAUCAAGAUUAAGAUUUUAGCAGAAGACGUCGCGUGGUCUUCUGCAAGGAGGAAGCGCAGUUGGAUAUCUUGGGGGACUGCUGCAAUAAAAAUUAUACCUGAUCGGAAAACGUCCAGAGGCCAAGUGAAGCUUUUUAAAAGAUAACACCCUGCAUUUGUUGGAUAUAGAUACAGCUAACAUCCACAGCCGCAGUUAAUGGUUUGGUACAGUGAGCGUGCUUAUGUAAUUGCAGCUGGCGUGUUCCUAAAGCAGUCUUUAGAAAAGGGGAGUCGAAUUUGCGUUUCAUUUGAUCCGUUGAACCCGUCUGGCGAUUUAAUAGCAGUUGAGGUUAGAUUACGUAACGAGUUUCCAUUGUUUGGAAUAUAUAAAAAUAAAUGGAUAGAGAGGAGACAGUCUCUCCCAAAGUAUAGAAAAUAAGUAAAACAAAUCAGUCGUUUAAGUACUGCGGUUAGUGUACAUUUGGGAUGCUGUUAAGCUGGUGUGACAUCAAAAUGACCUGAUUUGCGUGCCUUUUUAUUUAUGCAAUUUUUUUACGUUGUCUCUGAUAUCUGGAUAACCAUAAACUAUCAAAUAAGUCCGUGUAUCCUCUUCUCAAAUCAAUAAAACGGUCUCAGGCACUUCGUGUGGACGUGGGGUUUAAGUUAACCUACUGCUGUGUGGAGAGAAGUAUUUGAAAACGGAUAUUUCUUGCAUCACUUUAAUUGUCUCGGAAAGACCUGUUACUCAAUACCACCAUUGUUACUAUGCAGCGUGUCCGUUCUCUGAAACGUCUCACAGAAGAGCAAAAAUAAGACCGAGACCCAGAGCGACUGUCGUUCUGGGCAAGAGACUGAUCCCUAAACUCCAAUCACUUUCCCUAACGGAAACCGGGUCUGUCUGGCCAGCCCGUAGUUAUGUUCGCGGCGGUGGAACAUGGACCAGUCCUUUGCAGCGACUCCAACAUCCUCUGCCUGUCCUGGAAAGGGCGCGUGCCCAAGAGCGAGAAGGAGAAGCCCGUGUGCAGGAGGCGAUAUUACGAGGAAGGAUGGCUCGCGACGGGGAACGGGAGGGGGGUGGUCGGAGUAACUUUCACCUCUAGCCACUGCAGACGCGACAGGAACACCCCGCAGAGAAUCAACUUCAAUCUAAGGGGACACAACAGCGAGGUGGUCCUGGUGCGCUGGAACGAGCCGUUUCAGAAGCUGGCGACCUGCGACACGGACGGAGGGAUUUUCGUCUGGAUCCAGUACGAGGGGCGCUGGUCUGUGGAGCUGGUGAACGAUCGAGGGGCACAGGUGAGCGACUUCACCUGGUCCCACGACGGGACCCAGGCCCUCAUCUCGUACCGGGACGGCUUCGUCCUGGUGGGCUCGGUCAGCGGCCAGAGGCACUGGUCCUCCGAAAUCAACCUGGAGAGCCAGAUCACCUGCGGCAUCUGGACGCCUGACGACCAGCAGGUGCUUUUCGGCACGGCUGACGGGCAGGUGAUCGUGAUGGACUGUCAUGGCCGCAUGCUGGCCCAUAUCCUCCUGCACGAGUCCGACGGCAUCGUCAGCAUGUCCUGGAACUACCCCAACUUCCUGGUGGAGGACAGCAGCGAGAGCGACACCGACUCGGACGACUACGCCCCGCCACAAGUGCACAACCUGAAACCGCUGCUCACGGUCAGCUUCACGUCCGGAGACAUCAGCCUGAUGAACAACUACGAUGACCUCUCCCCCAGCGUCAUCCGCUCAGGGCUCAAGGACGUGGUGGUGCAGUGGUGCUCUCAGGGGGAUCUGAUGGCGGUGGCGGGGAUGGAGAGGCACAGCCUCCAGCUGGACCCGGCCUGCGUGACGCUCAUGAGGAACGCCCUCGUUAAGUUCUACAACGUCCACGGAGAGCACAUCUACACCCUGGAGACCCCGGCACAGAGGCCCAUCAGCACCAUCUGCUGGGGUCACCGUGACUCGCGGCUGUUCCUGGCGUGUGGGGCGGCGCUGUACGUGGUGCGGGUGGACCACCGGGUGGCCAGCCUGCAGCUGCUCUGCCAGCAGGCCAUCGCCGCCACGCUGCGCGAGGAGAAGGACAUCGGCAAGCUCACCAUGCCGUCCCGCCUCUGCUCCUACGUCACCACCGCCUUCGCGCCCACCAUCAAGCCCCCCAUUCCGGACCCCAACAACAUGCGGGACUUCGUCAGCUACCCGACGGCGGGGAACGAGAGGCUGCACUGCACCAUGAAGCGCACGGAGGACAACCCCGAGGUGGGGGGGCCCUGCUACACCCUCUACCUGGAGUACCUGGGGGGGCUGGUGCCCAUCCUCAAGGGCCGACGAAUCAGCAAGCUCCGCCCCGAGUUCGUCAUCAUGGACCCCAAGACCGACGGCAAAGCAGAUGAGGUCUAUGGGAACAGCUUGAUCUCCUCCAUGAUUGACAGCUGCAACUGCUCCGACUCCAGCGACAUCGAGCUGAGCGACGACUGGGUCGGGAAGAAAUCGCCAAAGAUAUCGAGAGGAAGCAAGUCGCCCAAACUUCCCAGGAUCAAUAUAGACCCCAGAAAAUCCCCCAAACUGUCCCGGGCCACACAGGAAAUAUCCCGGUCGCCGCGGUUACCCAUUCGCAAGCCUUCCAUUGGCUCUCCUAGUCUGACUCGCAGAGAGUUCCCCCUUGAUGACAUCACUCAGCAUAAUUACCUCGCUCAGGUCACGUCCAACAUUUGGGGAACAAAGUUUAAAAUCGUGGGACUUGCUUCCUUCCUGCCUACGAACCUUGGUGCAGUCAUCUACAAGACGAGCCUGCUCCACCUGCAGCCGAGGCAGAUGACCAUCUACCUUCCGGAGGUGCGGAAGAUCUCCGUGGACUACAUCAACCUGCCCGUCUUCAACCCCAACGUCUUCAGCGAGGACGAGGACGACCUGCCAGUCACGGGACCCUCUGGAGUCGCCGAGGACAACCCCCCCUGCACCGUCAACAUCCCCAUCGCCCCGAUCCACAGCCCCGCCCAGGCCAUGUCCCCCACGCAGAGCAUCGGGCUGGUCCAGUCGCUGCUGGCCAAUCAGAACGUGCAGCUGGACGUGCUGACCAAUCCCACGGCCACGGCGGCGGCGGCGGCCGCGGCGGCCGCGUCGGACCACGGGCAGGACGCGGUGAUGACGGCCCAGUACACGGUGCCCGCCCGCUACUCCAGCCCGGGACAGGUCAUUUUCGGGGGCCUGGAAAUGGGGCGCCUCCUGGUGGGGCCCCCGCCCUCGCACCACCAACCGCCGCCGCCUCCGCAGCAGCAGCAGCCUCCGCCACAGCAUCCCCAUCAGCAGCAGCAGCACCAACAGCAGCAGCAGCUUCAGCAGCAGCACGCCGUCCAACAGCUUCAGCAGCAGCAGCACGCAGUUCAGAUGCAGCUGCAGCAGCACCAGCUGCAGCAGCAGCAGCAACAUCAGCAGCAGCAGCAGCAUCACCAGCUGCAGCAGCAGCACCAACAGUUCCAGCAGCACCAACAGCAGAUGCAGCAGCAGCACCAGCAGAUGCAGCAGCAGCACCAACAGAUCCAGCAACAGCAGCAGCAAAUUCAGCAGCAGAUCCAACAGAUGCAGCAGCAGCAGCAGCAGCUGCGGGAGCAGCACCAACAGCAGAUGCAGCAGCACCAGCAGCAGCUGCAGCAGCACCAGCAGCAGCUGCAGCAGCACCAACAGCAGCUGCAGCAACAGCAGCAGCACCCGAUCCAGCUGCCCCCUCCCCCGCUGCCCUCCGGGCCACACCCGAGCGUGGUGCACCAGCUGCAGGCCACGCUGCAGUUGCCCCACCCCCAGGGGGAGCACGGGGCGGAGCGGGGCGAGCACGAGCACCUGCUGAAGGUCAAGCCCACGCGGUCGGCGUCCCAGCUGGCCGAGGGGGACGCCGUGGUCUUCAGCGCCCCCCUGGAGAUCAGCAAGAUGAACCCCCCGCCCCCGUACCCGGGCACGGUGGCGGCGGCGGUGGCGGCGGCCCAGGCGGCGCAGGCGGGCGCGGCGGCGCAGGCGGCGGCCGCCGCUGCCAACGGGCCCCAGCCGGCCGUGGACCUGUGCCUGAAGAAGAGCGAGUUCUCGCUGUACCCGCCCGCCCCGCAGUACCAGACGCCGCUGGGCUACGAGCGCAUCACCACCUUCGACAGCAGCGGCAACGUGGAGGAGGUGUGCCGCCCACGCACGCGGCUGGUCUGCAACCAGAGCGUCUACACCCUGCAGGGGCCUGGCAGCUCCGCCACGCUCCGCGUCACCUCCUCCGAGAGCAAGAAGGUGCAGCUGCCCUACAGCUCCGCCACGCUCAACCGCCUCACCGUGCCCCGCUACUCCAUCCCCAGCGGCGACCCGCCCCCGUACCCGGACCCGGCCAAUCAGAGCGGCCAGGCCAGGAGCGCCGCCCAGCAGCGGCUGGACAGCACGCUGAUCCACGCCACCUUGCGCCGCAACAGCCGGGAGGCGGCCCUGAAGGUCUCCCAGAUGAUGGAGCCCCAGCAGAGGACCCUCCCCACCAAGUCCAAGGUCAGCAGCGCGCUGGCCGCCUCCUACCAGCAGAGGGUGUCCACCGCCCUGUACACCUGCAGCCAGUGCAGCAGCGGCACCGCGGGGGGCGGGGCCAGUGGGGGCGGGGCCAGCGGCGGGGGCGGGAGCAACGGGAUCGCGGGCGGCACCAUCAUCCGGCAGGACUUCCCGCCGGGGAGCGGCGCCCAGCACAGCACGGUCAUCGUGCACUCCAACAGCACGUCACCGCUGGCCUCGCAGUCCUCCUACAACCUGCUGAGCUCGCUGGACGGUGGCGGCCGCGACCGCACCGACUACGUCAACUCCGCCUUCACCGAGGACGAGGCGCUCAGCCAGCAGUGCCAGCUGGAGAAGUCCAUCCGCCACCUGGCCCUCAGCGAGGUGGGCCUGGCCGUCAAGCGGCCCCCGCCCUACCAGUGGGACCCCGCCGCCACCGAGGAGAUCUGGGUCCCCCAGGAGAGGACCGCGCUGGCGCCCCCGCCCCCGCCGCCGGGACCCCACAAGCCGCCCCCGCUCAUCCUCAACCCCGCCCAGCACCUGGACGUCUCGCGGCUCCCCUUCGUCCUGUCCCCGAAAUCGCCCACCAGCCCUGCCACCGCCACCUUCCAGACCGGCUACCCCAUCUCCCUCCCCUUCCCACCCGGGGCGGGGUACAGCGGGCCUCAGCUGCAGGCCGUGCAGCCUCCCCCCCAGCCCUGCUCGCCCAAAGAGGUGGUGGCCCCCGUCCCGUUCACCCAGCAGGACGCCCCCAUGGUCCUUCCCCCCGGGUACCCCCCGAACCUGGCCAACCUGGCCUGCUGCCCGCUGCCCCCCAUGUACCCGGGAGCCAGCUCCUGCGCGGGCCUCCAGCUCCCCCCGAUCGCCCUGCACCCCUGGAACACGUACAACCCCUGCCCGCCCAUCCAGAACCCCUCAGGGACCCUGCAGACCAAGUCCCACCUGGUGGUGGAGAAGCCCGUCCUCUCCCCGCCGCCGCCGCCGCCGCCGUCCGCCACCGAGCACCAGGGCCACAUGGGCUCGCCGGAGGCCGCCAUGGCGGAGGCCGGCGAGGGCUUCCAGGAGGUGCUGUCCCUCAACGAGUCCCCCGUCCCGCAGCGGCCCGACAAGUUCGGCAAGAAGAGCCGCAAGCGGCCGGACAGCCGGGCGGAGGAGGCCAACGUGCCCGCCAUCACCGAGGGCAAGGUGAAGAAGGAGGGCCGCGCCCUCAGCGACUUCAACUCGCUGAUCUCCAGCCCCCGGCUGGGCCGCGAGAAGAAGAAGCCCAAGCCGCAGAAGGAGCAGCUGAAGGCCAAGAAGCUCAACAAGACCAACGAGUUCCAGGACAGCUCGGAGAGCGAGCCCGAGCUCUUCAUCAGCGGCGACGAGCUGAUGAACCAGAGCCAGAGCGGCAAGAAGGGCUGGAAGACCAAGCGCAACCUGCGGGCCGCCAGCGAGCUGGAGGAGUUCAAGUGCCGCAAGGCCAACGAGAAGGAGGACCGGGGCCUGGGCAGCCAGGGCUUCGUCUACGUCAUGGCCAACAAGCAGCCGCUCUGGAACGAGGCCACGCAGGUCUACCAGCUCGACUUCGGCGGGCGGGUCACCCAGGAGUCCGCCAAGAACUUCCAGAUCGAGCUGGAGGGACGGCAGGUGAUGCAGUUCGGCCGGAUCGAUGGCAACGCCUACAUCCUGGACUUUCAGUACCCCUUCUCCGCCGUCCAGGCCUUCGCCGUCGCCCUGGCCAACGUCACCCAGCGGCUCAAGUGAGCGGGGGCCUGCUCUCCACAUCCCUUCCCGCCGUCCGCCAAAGCGCACGCGUGCGGGUGGGGGGACCCCCGGCAGUCCCUUUUUUCCGUUAGUUGUGCAUUGUGACGAGAGAGGAGAAGAAGAAGAAGAAGAAGAGAAAAAAAUAUCCGACUCGAGCGGAGCUGCAAUGCCCAAUGCUGCCAUUAGAGGGUGCUGUUUUGCGAGGUGCGGUGGAGGUCAUGGAGGAUGACGGACAAAAACCGGGGGGGGGUCACUCAUCGGGGGACAUGGGCUUAGCUUUCUGUGGUCGUUCUGCAAAUAUAUGCUGCUCUAGCUUACAGAAGCUAGUGGAAACCAGACUGUCCACUAUACAGACUGCCUUAUAUUACGUUAUUGUUUCCUAUUAAUACUGUUACAUUGGAGUUUUUUCAGUCCAGUUUUUAAACAUAACAGUAAUACUUGAAAGAAAAAGAAAAAAACUUAUCUGGAAAAUGAAUCGCUCAUUUGCAGACCUUACGGCUACUGAGCACUGAAAUCGGUUAGCUGUAUGAAUUUAAUUGAAAGUGUGAUUACCUUUUUUUGGCUUUAUUAUAGAUAUUACACAUUUCGAACUGAACAAAAAAAAAAAAUGUUAUGCGUUUCAAAGUAUUUUUUGGGGGUCAGUCUUAAGUUUUGAUUUCUUAAGUACUUUGAUUUAUAGUGCUUUUCGAAGUACCGAGGAUGGCUACAGAACAAAACUUUGCGCUUUGCAUUUUCAGAAACUAGACUUGAAAGUAGUCGGGAGUGUUUCGAUUCUGGAGUUCACGGGAGCUGUUUUCGAAACGUGGGGAGUGUCUUGAGUGACAGUCCUCGGUCGUGUUAGCGAGAAACGGACAGACUUGAAAGAAUUCAUCUGGAUCAGUAUUUCAACGUAUCAAUGCUCCUGUUUUUCAGUUUUUGUGUUUAUGAGAUCUAUUUAUAUGUAUAUAUUAUUUGGUCAUUAAUAAUAUUAUUGUUAUUGUUAUUAUUAUUAUUAUUAUGAUUAUUAUAAUUAUUCUUGUUGUUGUUUAUAUUUAUGUAGCAUUAAGCGAUCUUAGUACCUUGUUUACAUGGAUUUCAAGAUGUUUAUUUUGUUUGGGAGACAGGAGGUCAAAAUAAGAGCCCAUCCGUUCAAACAAAUGUACAGUUCAGAGGCGGGGAAUUUAGUUAAAACGGUGAUUGUGGUAAAUUUGGGUAUUGAUUGUGGGUUGUUGGUGAAGAGAAGGCGGUUUUCCCAGUAUGAAGUGAUCUUUACCUCCUGUCACUUCUGUGAAGUGAUCAAUUUGGGGUGUCCGACUUGAACCCUCCCCAAGUGACAUGUAAGCAAGGUACCAGAGAUAUUUUUGUAUUUUUCACCUAUGCCAUUUCAUACUUUUUUAAUCAUGUAAAUAUUUGUUACAUAUCAUUCCAUCGUUGUAAAGUGAUCAUGUGCAUGGGGAGGACAGACGACCUCUGUGUUUUUUUUAUUUUUAUUUUUUUACUCGAUGGUAUGUCCUAUGGCGUGGUAUGUGAGAGGUGUUGCUGGGGAAUGUGGUGACAUCAUAAUAGUCGUCGUCAUGCACGGUUGUGUUCCGGAGUACGUCACUGUUAAAAACAAACAAAGCCUUUGGUUCGUCGAUCGUGGAAGCACUCCUUAUGAAGGACGAUCCAGUUAUCUUACAAGCUGCAGAUCUGGGAAUUGGUGCACACCAAAUUUUAGGAUUUUGGGAUGAUGGCUGGUUGGUCCAGAAAUUAUUAGGCCUGUUGUUUUUUUUUUCUUUUUUUUUUCUUUAACUUUUAUGUUUUUUAAAGCCUUCGUGGAUUGAACUUUUCUUAAGACCUUGUUCAAGUCUUACCUUGUGGUCCAAUCAGCAUCCUGCAGGUCACAGGAAGUGGUGGGCCGUCCGGUUCACUAACGCCGUGGCUCCCAAAAAACCUGUCCCCGGGGAGCCCCGGCCAGAUCCAGGCACUCAGUGUGUUCCACCUCAAACACACCUGAUGCAACUAAUCGAGGGCUUGAUUAAUUUGUUAAAUGUCAGGUGUGCUUGUGACGGGACACAUCAAAUAUCCGGAACUGGCUGGGGUUCCCCAAGGACCAGGUUUGGAAGCCACUAAGUCAUCUGCACUAAGCUCAGAUGACCAGCUUCCCUCGCAGAGACUGAUCCCAGAUCAGUGGUCGCCACAGAGGGCUUGCGGUCACAGCCAGGGCACUGGUCUGAGGUCAGUGCAGCAGAGAAGGCUUAGGAAGCCCAUCGGUGAUCGUUGGAGUGUGGAAUGCAACCCCAUGUUGAGAGGUUACAGAAUUGUCUGUUUUACCUUUUUGGGGAGUGGGGGGUGAGGGGUGGGGGGGGUGAAGAGGUCAGGGUUACAGUCUUUUACAGCCUUGAAUGUCACUGAAAAAUCACAAGAAAUACAAGUUGUGGGGGGGGGGGGGAAGAAAAAAAAAACAUUAAGCCAUUUUUAUUUGUAAUCCCAAAGUCGUGUGCCAAAGGCUAAAGUUGUUGUCCCGGAAGUCCAAACUGUUUUUAAACUACGGAUCUUAAUCUUGUGUACAAUACUGAGCUCACGAGUCUGUAAGUAGUCAUGAAGUCAUGUGUAAAAGUGGAAUAUUGUGUCUCCAACGUCACAUUUUCUCCUACCUUUUCCAUCCACGUAAACGUAGACCUGUGUGUGUGCGCGUGUCUAUACGUGUGUGCGUGUGUGUGUGUAUGUCUGUGUCCUGGUUUGUGGGGACGUCUUCAUUCGACACAAGCAAAGUCUCGUUUGGAAUUCUCUGGUUUACGCGUGCAGAUAGCGAGAUUCGGUUUUACGGAAGGCCGAGGCAUCAGAAAGAGCUUGAUGUGAAUUGUGUGUGCUUCUGCUGCUCUGUGGGAGUGUGUCAGCUGCCCUUGCUGUUUGCAGUGGGCCCAGGUUGUGCGGACGGUCCCUGAAUGUUGGAACAUCAUCCUUAAGAUCAGCCCAUGUGUACACACCCCCACAUACAGCAGCAAAAAGAUUUGAUUGGCUAUGGAGGCCAACAACAGAUGAGGUCAUCGGACAGCACAGCAGUCACCAACACUCUUAUUUGAAUUUCUUAGGUUUUUUUUUUUUUUGGGUUUUUUCUUCCUGUGACAGAAAUGUCAGGAGACUUGAAUUUUGCUUUACACAAAUAUUUGUGAGCAAGGAUAUAAAAUAUGGGCAGAAGAAUGGGAUUGAUGCACCAUUUGCUCUAGGAAAAGAAUGUGGAACGUGCACCAUUCUGGUCUGUUUUUUUCUUUCUUUUUUAUUUUAUUUUAUUUUAUUUUUUUAAAAACAAGUACUUUUCAUUUCCAAGGGUUGACAGUUUAGUUGUGCAAUAUUUUCCCUCCCAUUUUUUCUCCCAUAACUUACCGCCAGAUACGUUUACAUGGGCAAGGUGACCAACGUUACAAAACAUCUCAUUCUGGUUCGACGCAGUUUUAUUUUGUACAUGAACAUUUUUUUUUAUUUUCUUUUUUUUUUUUUUUUUUUUUAAAGCUGAUCACUGUAUAUAAUUUGUGGAUUCACUUAAACGAUUCUUUGUGUUGAGAAGAUUUGCUACCGGUGUAUUGUGGGGGGGUGGGGGGUGGGGGUGGUUUGAUGUCAGGGUGUUAUGCAAGACCGACUUGGGGAUGCAAGCGGAAACAGAAAAGGAGUUCAUACUACGUGAUUGAGUGUAGUAGUUAGUGUAGUAGCACAGGAUGUGUCUGUCGAGUAAAGUCUGUUAGUGUAAACUGUGAGGUCAACAGAUUCCCUCAGUGUUAUAUCUAUAUAUACAGUAUAUAUAUUGCCUUGUCAGCACGAAUGCCAACCCCUGUCAGAUCUGAUGUUUGUUCAUUUUUAAGGUCUUCGUUUCUUUCUAGCUGUGGAAAUGGCACCUUUCAUUUGUUAGCUGUUAACGUUAUAUUUAUUUUUUGAGACAACUUAUUCGAGUACGCAUUACUGUUUUGAAUUUUGCCACUGAAAGCAACCAAAAGGAUCGCCUAUUUAAUAAUUCUGAAUACUUUUUUAAAUAUUAAUUUGAUGAAGUGAUCUGUAUUGGACAGUGUAGUGUAUGGCAUUUAUUUGAGUAGAAAUGUGCUUUAUAGAUGUAGGUUAAAAGAGAAAAAUACUUGAAAAACCAAAAUGAGAACAUGUUGUCUGAUUUGGUGACUGAAUGUUAAUAGUUUGUGUUAAUAAGGCAUGCCAUUUAAAUUAUUUUUCAGUUGUAUAUGUUUCACAUUAUUUUAGAAUAAAAAAUGUGAUAGUUACAGAUAAAUAAGCAUGGAUUUGCUUCAGAGUUAAAAGUUAACAUGCCACUGUGGCAUAUGCUGGAAAAGGUAUAUGCAUUUGGUUGUAAAUGCAUUAUUAACACUGAACAUUGUAAUUGAAUUAGUCGGUGCGUUUGCGUUUUUUUAGUAAUGCAAUCAUUCGGAUGAAUGAGUGAAGUUUUCUUCGUGUCUUUUUGAUAUUUUACCCAUAAGGCAUUGGGUUGGAUGAGGCUGCUGCUGGCAAGGGGGGCGCUGUUGAGUAAAGUUGAUAUCGAUGCUGACUUUCUGAUACGCUUUAUCUCAAUUUAUAAAAUACUCUUUGAAAAAGAGGAACACUAAACUUGUCUUUUUUUAUUUUUUACUUUUUUCUUUAACCUUUUAAUUCCCGAUAUGCAGACCUUACCUAAAAUGGUACAAUUAUAACUAUUGUAACUGGUAUGUGCCAGGUUUCGUAUUGUACUGUAAUACGGACGUUUCUGUUUAAUUUUGUUUUGUUUGUUUUCCUAGAAAUGGAUUUGUGUCAGUUGUCCAGCUGUUGCUUAAUAAAAUGUGCGGAUUGAAAAGUUUAA